AUGGGAUGGUCCUCGAUCCUGCCGGAAAGUCUGCAGACGUUCGAGACGUGGAUCACGAGGCUCUUUCUGCUGUUCGCAUUCUUGACCAUCGGGCCCUGGCUGGCUUUCAUAAUCUAUGAUGUACUUCUGUACAUCUGGCGCUCCGCUACCUACGAACUGCCUUAUAUUGGCGGCAGAGCACGAGGACGACAGAGACCCCGAGCCCCCAGUCUGACCGAACGACCUAGCGGACACAAGCGCCGAAUAAGCAUG